AUGGCGGAUAAGAAGAAACGAAAGCGAACCACUAAAGACGAGCAAGAGGAGGAUCGUCCUUUCAAAAGCAUUCUUGAAUCAGACGAAGCUAUCCUCAAACUUCUCAAAUCCUACAUCUCAUCUUCUUUAACCGCCGCAGGAAGUAACGGCGCCUCCUCCUCGUCAUCUUCAUCGAAACCACUAACUCUAGCUGACCUCUCUCUCUCAUCUUCCUGCCGUGAAGUUGCAGAUCUCUCCCUCUCCUCGGUCCAGACUGAGAUAGAGACAGUCAUCGUUCAGAUCGCUCGUUCCAUCCUCGCGGGAGAUGGAUUCUCCUUCAGCGUGCCAUCACGUGCCGCCUCUAACCAGCUUUAUGUCCCUGAGCUGGACCGGAUAGUGCUGAAAGACAAAUCUACCCUCCGUCCAUUUGCGUCAGUUUCUUCUGUUAGGAAGACAACUAUCACCACACGGAUUCUCGCACUUAUCCACCAACUCUGUCUCAGGAACAUUCAUGUCACUAAGCGUGAUCUCUUCUACACUGAUGUUAAGCUUUUUCAGGACCAGACACAGAGUGAUGCUGUGUUGGACGAUGUGUCGUGUAUGCUCGGCUGCACAAGGUCAAGUUUAAACGUAAUUGCAGCAGAGAAAGGUGUGGUGGUGGGGAGGCUCAUAUUCAGUGACAAUGGAGAUAUGAUAGACUGCACAAAGAUGGGAAUGGGUGGGAAAGCUAUUCCACCAAAUAUUGAUAGGGUUGGAGAUAUGCAGAGUGAUGCUAUGUUCAUACUCUUAGUUGAGAAAGAUGCAGCUUACAUAAGGUUAGCUGAAGACAGAUUCUAUAACCGGUUCCCCUGCAUCAUCGUCACUGCAAAAGGCCAGCCUGAUGUAGCCACAAGGCUGUUCUUGAGGAAGAUGAAAAUGGAGCUUAAGCUUCCGGUGCUUGCCUUGGUGGAUAGUGAUCCUUACGGGUUGAAGAUCUUGUCGGUUUAUGGAUGCGGGUCAAAGAACAUGUCUUAUGAUAGUGCGAACUUGACUACACCUGAUAUUAAGUGGCUUGGAAUCAGGCCAAGUGAUUUGGACAAGUACAAGAUACCUGAGCAGUGUAGGUUGCCAAUGACUGAGCAGGAUAUCAAGACCGGGAAGGAUAUGCUGGAGGAGGAUUUCGUGAAGAAGAAUCCUGGGUGGGUUGAAGAACUUAACCUGAUGGUGAAGACAAAGCAGAAGGCUGAGAUUCAGGCGUUGAGCUCUUUUGGUUUCCAGUAUUUAUCAGAAGUUUACUUGCCCCUGAAACUGCAGCAGCAGGAUUGGCUCUAA